AAUAAAACAAGUAAAUGAAACGAGCGAAAUUUACGUUGAAAGAACGACAGAAUUGGCAAUCACGCAAGCUCAAGUCUUAUCCAUUUCCGCUAUCAUCUUCUUCCUUCCUUCCUUCCUGGCGUACUCAACAACACGUCCCCAAAUUCAAACCCUAAUUCCCAAUUCAAACAUAAAUUCAUAGUAAUUAGGGUUUCCAUUUGUCGAUGACGAUGUUGUUGGAGGACGUCCUUCGAUCCGUCGAGCUAUGGUUGCGUCUCAUUAAGAAACCCCAACCUCAAGCCUACGUUAACCCCAAUCUCGACCCUGUUUUGUUGGUUCCUGGCGUUGGUGGCUCAAUCCUUAACGCCGUGAAUGAAAGCGAUGGUAGCCAGGAACGUGUUUGGGUUCGUUUUCUCUCCGCUGAGUAUAAGUUGAAAACUAAGCUUUGGUCACGUUAUGAUCCUUCUACUGGAAAAACUGUAACACUGGAUCAAAAAUCAAGAAUUGUGGUUCCUGAAGAUAGGCAUGGACUCCAUGCAAUUGAUGUUUUAGAUCCUGAUUUGGUAAUUGGAAGUGAGGCUGUAUAUUAUUUCCACGAUAUGAUAGUUCAAAUGCAGAAAUGGGGGUAUCAAGAGGGAAAGACACUUUUUGGCUUUGGGUAUGAUUUUCGUCAAAGCAAUAGGUUGCAGGAAACAAUGGAUCGGUUUGCUGAAAAAUUAGAAUUAAUUUAUAAUGCUGCUGGAGGGAAAAAGAUAGACCUCAUAAGUCAUUCUAUGGGUGGUCUUUUGGUGAAAUGUUUCAUGACCCUGCAUAGUGAUAUAUUUGAGAAAUAUGUUAAGAAUUGGAUUGCAAUUUGUGCACCAUUCCAGGGUGCACCUGGAUGUACCAAUUCUACCUUUUUAAAUGGAAUGUCCUUUGUGGAAGGAUGGGAGCAAAACUUUUUUAUUUCCAAAUGGAGCAUGCACCAGUUGCUGAUUGAAUGUCCAUCAAUAUAUGAACUGAUGGCUUGUCCUAAUUUUCAUUGGAAACACGUUCCUCUUCUGGAAUUGUGGCGUGAGAGACUUCAUGAGGAUGGGAAAUCUCAUGUUAUUCUGGAGUCAUAUCCGCCACGUGAUAGCAUUGAGAUUUUCAAGCAAGCUCUUGUUAACAACAAAGUUAAUCAUGAAGGGGAGGAAUUGCCUCUGCCCUUCAACUCGCAUAUUUUUGAAUGGGCAAACAAAACAAGGGAGAUCCUAUCUUCUGCCAAACUUCCGUCGGGUGUUAAAUUUUACAAUAUUUAUGGGACCAAUCUUGCGACGCCUCAUAGUAUUUGCUAUGGAAAUGCGGACAAGCCUGUCUCAGAUCUGCAAGAGUUACGGUAUUUGCAGGCCAGAUAUGUGUGCGUUGAUGGUGAUGGAACAGUUCCAGUAGAGUCCGCUAAGGCUGAUGGGUUCAAUGCGGAGGAGAGGGUUGGAAUACCAGGUGAACAUCGGGGUAUACUUUGUGAGCCUCAUCUAUUCAGGAUUCUCAAGCACUGGCUGAAGGCAGGAGACCCUGAUCCCUUUUACAAUCCUCUCAAUGAUUAUGUGAUUCUACCUACUGCUUUUGAAAUGGAGAGACAUAAAGAGAAGGGUCUAGAAGUAGCAUCCCUGAAAGAGGAAUGGGAAAUCAUUUCCAAAGACCAAGAUGGCCAAAGCAAUACCGGUGAUAAUAAAAUGACUUUGAGCUCGAUAUCAGUUUCUCAAGAAGGAGCCAAUAAAUCCCAUUCUGAGGCUCAUGCUACUGUCUUUGUUCACACCGACAAUGACGGUAAGCAGCACAUUGAACUGAAUGCCGUAGCUGUUUCAGUUGAUGCAUUAUGAAUCAUUUUGUUGAAGUGUGAGUGAAUAUGGUGGGGAUACUUGUUGUAUAUUUGAUUGUGGGUGACAUCUCUGUGUAUAUAUAUAAGGACAUUCACACGAUGCUGCGCCGCCAUAUUCCUCCAUGUUCUAUGUUGUAUAAUAUGAUGUCAGUUGUGAUAAAAUAAUACCAUCUCUGACAUUCUUAUUUAUCCGACUUUGUAAAGAGUGUGGCGUGCUGUUAAUAUUUGUACCAGCUAUGUACAAAGUUCAUUUGAAAAAUUACUAUUUUUUAGCCUCGCAACUUUUAACGUUAA